GCAGCAGAGGACGCCCUGAAGGGGUUCCCAGAGAUGCCGGGGGUAUUUCAGGAGUGAUGUGCGGGUACCUGAGCAAGCCAGGAGCUGUCAUUCCUGUGCCGGGAAUGCUCCUUCCCCCUGUCCCACCAGUCCUCUUUCCCCACAGGGUAAACAGCUGGAAGUGUUGAGCUCACUGCCAGAGGCUCCAGACAGACACUUUGUGCCACACGACAUCCCGGGACACCUUAAUGACUCCUCUUUAGCUUAAUGAACCUCUAACAACCGGCGCCGCCUGCUCUUGCUGCUCUUGCUCCACUCUGGGACGGCCGCAGGACACGGAGGAAGGUACACGGUUUUACACAAUGGGCACCACCAGGAGCAAGAGAAGCUUCCCAUCCACACCGACCCCGAGUCCCAGGAGUCCUGUUUCUAGUCCUGGCCCAGCAGAGGAAGAACAGAGGCCUUGUAGGAUAUUCCAAGGAUUCACCGACAGCAGGACUUGAAAAUUCAUCGCUCUGCAUCCUCGUGGUGCCUCCUGCAGUGGAUCCCCAGGAAUGUCCAGCGGUGGCAGCUGGGUGGGAGCACGGCAGUGUCGGGACUGUCCCUGUCCCUGUCCCUGUCCCUGUCCCUGUCCCUGUCCCUGUCCCUGUGUCCCUGUGUCCCUGUCCCUGUCCUUGUCCCUGUGUCCCUGUCCCAGUCCCUGUCCCUGUCCCAGUCCCUGUCCCUGUCCCUGUGUCCCUGUCCCUGUCCCUGUCCCAUCCCUGUCCCUGUCCGUGUCGCUGUCCCUGUCCCUGUCCCAUCCCUGUGUCCCUAUCCCUGUGUCCCUGUCCCUGUGUCCCAUCCCUGUCCCAGUCCCUGUCCCUGUCCCAGUCCCUGUCCCUGUGUCCCAUCCCUGUCCCAUCCCUGUCCCUGUGUCCCAGUCCCUGUCCCAUCCCUGUGUCCCUGUCCCUGUGUCCCUGUCCCUGUCCCUGUCCCUGUCCCUGUCCCAUCCCUGUCCCAUCCCUGUGUCCCUGUCCCAGUCCCUGUCCCUAUCCCUGUGUCCUUGUCCCUGUGUCCCUGUCCCUGUCCCAGUCCCUGUCCCUGUCCCUGUCCCUGUCCCUGUCCCAUCCCUGUCCCAUCCCUGUCCCAUCCCUGUCCCUGUCCCAUCCCUGUGUCCCAUCCCUGUCCCAUCCCUGUCCCAUCCCUGUCCCUGCCGUGCCAGAGGCAUUCCUGGUGAAGUCAGGACACAGAACAGCUCCAAACCAGCCCGUGCAGGGACUCCUGCUGCUCCCGUCCUUUCCAGCUGCCCUCUGCCCAGCUCACCCCUGUCCUGGGGGUCUCGAGGGGUGGCUGAAGCCCAGCAGGGUGGGACUGAGCUGCUCCAUCCCUGCUGGCUCCUGCCUGGAGCCCGGACACUGCCAGGGGAGGAGCAGCUCCACGUUUUCUCCAGGAAAACGAUAGGAAAUGUUUGCUGCCCUUUGGCUGCAGCCCCUGCCGAGCUCUGGAGAAGCUCUGGUUGGGUUUCCUGGCCCAGGAGGAUUCCCAGGAGCUGCAGUGGGGCCGGCCCAGAGCCACUGCCCUGUUGUGCCACUCCCAGGGAGCGGGACGUGGAGCCCAGAGCUGUUCCGUCCCUCCCCUGAGCAAACUUUGGGCAUUUGGAGGCCGCAGGAAGCUCGGGCUGGAGCCAGAGCCGGUCUGUAGUGGAUCACCAAGUGCCAGCCGGGAAAACAAACCAUCUAAACCCUUUUCUAGCCACGUUUGGAAGAGAGAACUUCUGCUUACCUCCGCCACCUUUAUUUUUCUAUUGGUUGCCGGUCUCUUCCAGCUGAGGCGAGAACUUUCCAGAGAAGUUUUCCAGACUUUCCCGGCUCAGCACUGGCGCAGCUCUCGGUCCUCAGCCGCCUCCCGCACGCCGCUGUCGCCCCUCCUGAGCUGCUCCCCCUCGCAUGGAGAGGGCGGGCAAGGCUCCAAACUCCACCAGCCUGGGAGAAGGAUUUUCCUGCAGGAUGGAGACCACGAGCCUCGACCCUUUUUAGGGGAAGCUCCACCCCAGAGAUGCCACCCUGAGCCUAGAAAGUAAAACUGUGCUCCGUCAGACGGCGCAACCGUGUACAGAUAUUUUUAAUGUACAAAGGAAAAGCUGACAUUAUUUAUUAUUUUUUAUCAGGAACGUGUGGGGUUUUUUUUUCAUUAAAAGCUUCUCGACCAAGGAGCUUAACAUCCUAUGUGUUAUUAUUUAGUAAUAUUUCUGUUGCUAUGUGACAGGUAUUUACUGUAAACAGACAAAUCCUGCUCAGAACAAACAAAAAUGUUGCUCAGUAGGAAGAAUAUUGUGCAUGAAAAAGAAGAAGCGGCUUCCUGGCCACGGUGUCUGACUCCUUUAAAUACAGCAAAGUCACUGACAAAGCUUCACAUCCUUGUCCUUUAGGAUUCAGAAGGACACUGGGCAGAAACAGCCCCAAAAGGAAGACCAAGGUGGAAAAUUGCUGGAAAAACAGAAAUUAUUGAUGUUUGUGGUGGAAGGUGCUCCUGGUUCAUCACCGGGACCUGGCUGGCAAUGAUCUGUCUUUAGAGGGUUUUGUUUCCAAAAGAAUUCAUUCAGUUUUACUCUUGACACCAGAACAGUGAGUGAAAAAAAGCCAUUAUUGAAAGUUUGGGAAAAAAUCCAUCCAGGGCUGCCUCAGUCCUGUGAUCCCCCCUCUGUGGAAGCGCCCACGGGGGUUUUGUUGGGGUUUGGGCACACAAACCUUGGCUUGGUUUCACCUCAAGUGUCAAAUUUCUUAAAAGAAAUCCUAAAAUAAAGCUUUUCUCUGUCCCCACUGAAGGGCAUCAAAA